GUUUAUUACUCGUAUUGAGAAUGAUGGAGCAGCAAUGGGACUGAGCAGGCAAUUUGACAAUGAAAAAGAUAAUGAUGAAGUCAGCAAAAGCCUUCAUUUCUAUGGACUCAAAGCCUGCGCCUCCUACUGUGGGAGAUCAUGGAAAAAUACAUGGAACUUCGUGCUGCAGCAAAAGAGCUGCAUCUUGUAGAUCCAGUAUCGUUCCCGAAGCAUGAAUCAGAAGCACAGACCCGCGAAUACGCAUAUGCCAAGAUCUAUGAAUGCUUCCCGCAUGGGUGGACAACUCUGGAUGAUAUUGCUCAUCAGUACAUAAAACUGAAAGAAAAGAUUAAUAAACAAGGGAUGGGGCUAAAUCUGCAGAAACGGAAACGGCAGCAGCAGCAGCAACGAAAUGAGAAUUUGAAAACUGAGGAGGAUUCCUCAGCAGAGGAAGGAAAUGAGGAUUACCAACCACUUUCGCCAGCUAUGUCACCAUCAACUCCAGCCGAGACUUAUCCGAUAGUGCAACAGGAAUCACAAUCUCAUGUCGCAUCAGAGGAGAUACAUUCGGUGAUGCAGGCAUCUUCAUCAGUGUUGAAUGGACAACAAAGCGUGCAUAAAGACAACCAAGACACUUCUAGACGAAGCGACGGAAGAGAGUCGGAUCCAGAAAUUCAGAGUAUGGCUCCUCACAAUAAUGCUGUUCCUGUAAUAGAGCACCGUCACCUAAGAAAGUCUCAGAAUGUACAGCCAUAUCAACAGCAGACACAUUCAGCCCAUUAUAGUCAUCCUGUUUCAUCUGCGCCUGUUGCUGGGUUUGGAGCUCCACCAUCUGCCUUGACAAACAGCUCUCAGUAUCCACGUCAACCUCUGCAUCCAUCACAUUCACUACCGUUAUCACGGUCGUUACCACCGUCGCCGAUUUCGCCACAGACGCCAUGGAUGAGCUCUGGGAGCCAAGCGGCUCAUAAUAAUAACUCGAUGACCGCUACUAUUACCAAAGGACUUCGAGAUGGGGCGCAUGGACCAGAUAUUCUAACUACCAGGCCCAUGCACCUAGCGCCUCCAACUCCGACGGUGCCUCCACCACCCUCAUCAUCGACACUACAACCCUCAUAUCCACGACCAACAGAACCCCUUGCGGCUUUAGAGGUACAUUCAUCAUUACAUGUAGCCAGAAACUCGCCGCUGUCUGUACAUGAUGCCUCGCAUGGUCCAUCCCUGCGGAACUCAGGUGAAUCCAUGAAGAGGAUUCGUGUAGAGAGUAUUGGUAGGAAGAAUAGUCAAGAGAGCCUGGGUCCGAUCGUGACAUCUCGUCAUUCGGGAUUAGUGCCUCAAUCGGUGCAGCACCAGCACCAGCAAAAAGCUCAUGGAUAUAUUCAAUCCUCGCUUCCAGCCCAGUCACCGCCUGCUUACUCUUAUCCUCAAUCUCCACAUGAUCAGGCUCAACAGCAGCGGCUGCAUCAACAAUCAAAACUAUACGGGACUCUAGUAAAAGAGCCACCAUAUCAUCGUCCUCAGUAUCAGGAUGUGAAUAAGGAGGAAACGCAAGGUACUGAAAGAUAUCAGGCACAGUUUAGAGAAAAUGAGAUAGGCCAGUAUGGCGCAUCCUCCAAUCGCCAGAAUGACGGAGAUUCGUACAGUGAGUCGCUUGAUGGAGUAGAGCGCACUCAUCACGCUUCAGCUUCGUCGCAACAUAGUCCAGCAAAGGGAUCACCAAGAAUAGCCCUCGACGACCAACAACCCGGGUACUCGUCGCAGUUUGGGGAACACGAAACCAGUGAGGGGAGAGGAUCUGAUAUAGAGCGAGUUGAAAAAAAGGAAAGCCCUAGAAUGGUUUCUCAAUCCACAGAUCAUACAGAAAAGACAUCCACCAAGGUCUUCAAGAGAACUCAGGGCGAGCAGCAGAAUAUCAUAGAUGAGCAACGUGAAAUUGAAAUACAAAUGGAAUCUUUAAGGAGGAGACAGAAGGAAUUGCAGCAGUUGCAUGAGGAGAAACAGGUAUUGCAGCGGAAAGAUUUUGAAGGACGUAAUAGUCAUCUGAAAAUUAAAGAGUAUUCACCGCAUCAGCAUUACAGCUCUAAGACUGCCGAUGGGUGGACUUCUAUUAAAGUAGAAUAUGACCCCCGUCAUCAGCGAAUGCCAGCAUACGAACACAGAAAUCAACAGCCUGAGCCCAUGUCGCCAGUUGGGCGCCCUCCUCUUUUGUCGCAACAACAGCAUCAACUUCCAUCGUCCCAGCAAACAUAUCAAGCGGAUCAAACCCAGAGGGAACAUCAGUUUCUGAGGCAACAAGGAACUCCUGGUGCUCUAAACCACGCUAACCUCAAUAGCCCAAAUCCGGCACAGCACCACCAGAGUCUUCGUCAUGUGCCUCGUCCACCUCAGCCUCAGUCUCAAUCUGAGCAUAGCUAUCCACAGGCUGCUGCAUCGGCCCCUCUGUCAAAACCUCAGUUAAAAUCAUCUCAGCAGCAACAACAAUAUCAUCACCUCCGCUCUGAACCACGACAGUACCCUCGCCAUCCUCACCCGUAUAGCCGGCCACCAUCAGCUGCUAAUGCUUCUCAACAUCAUCGCUCAUACCCAGCUUCCCCCUCCUCUCCUCGAGCUGCUCAAUACCAAAAGAACGAUCCACAUCGUCCUGUACCCUCUGAGCCUGGAUUUUCCCCACGUACACAAGGGAGAAAGGCACCCAUAGUUGAAGAGGGGUCAGGAACGGUGCAGAUGCCGUCAUCUUCGUUGUCUUCACCCCUGGUAGCGCAUACAUAUCCAGGGCUAGAGCCAUUUCCCCAUUCACGAUCUCAAUCAUACCCGCACCCACCUGCACAGGCCAGUUUGCCGUCGCGCAUAGGAUCACAGCCUCGAUAUGCACCUUCGCAUGCAGUGCCUGGGCCUGCUCCUGUUGGUCCGCCAAGACCGCCACCUCAUUCUUCUACCCAUUCAGGCCAUCAUCAUCAUGUCAACGGUACAUACCAUCCACAGCCACAGCGCCAAUCACCUCCGCUACCAGUAUCAGUAGCGGGCUACAAAAUGUCAAGCCAGGGAUACCCGACAAAUAGUCCUCUUUCUUCUCACCCCAGUCCUCGACCUUACAUCCAAGAGCGGCAGUAUGAUCGGCCAUAUCGACCAGGCAUGUUGCCACCACGCCAUUAGAUUUUUUUUUUUGCUAUUAUUCUCUUAUGAUUUGAUUUACCAUAGUAUUUGCUCUUCCGUCUCACGCAACAUUCUUCUCGUGAUUGUAAAUAGAUAUUAAAUAAAGUUCCGUUCAUUCUUUAGUUUAUUAGCCAUCAUAUUUUAU